AACCCUCUUCUUCUUUCUUUAAACUAUAAACUUAAAUAAAAUAUAAUACUUCUUCCACACUAUUUUGGAGCAAAAAAGAAACUAUAUAACAACAAUAUGUUUUCUAAUCGUUAAAUUAUCUUCUAGAUUUCUCCCUUCUCUCUGAUUAUAUUCUUCCUUCCUUUCUUAAAGAUUCAGAAAAUCAUCCAAAAUCAAGAACCAAAAACUUUUUUCAAGAACACCCUUUUGUUUAAAAUCAUGAUUUGUUCAGUGGGUUUCAGUGGAAACCCUUCAUUACCCAAUGUCCAAAAUUUCAAAAAAAACCAAUCUUUAGUAUGUUUGAACAAGUCUUUUUCAUGUUGUCACCAGCAAAAUCCUUGUCCAGCAUUUCCCAAUGUCCAAAAUUUCAGAAAAAAUCAAUCUUUUUCAUGUUGUUAUCAGCAAAAUGAUUGCCCCAAGAACACCAUUGACAAACUAUGGAAGCCCAAAACUCAUUUGAUAAAGAUAUUAGCAGCUCAACAAGUUGAGCAACUUCCUAAUAAGGCAAAGAAAAAAGUGUUCUUUGAGGAGAAAAAGAAUGGUAUUUCUCAAAUGGAGAGUCAACAUAUGUCAAUAUUGUGUGGGGUUGGAUAUUGGGUACAGGGGUUUAGGUGUUUUCCUUGGUUGGCUCUUAACUUUCAUAUGGCAGAUGGAAUGAAUAUGCAUCCAUCAACAUUGCAGCUUGUGCAAAAUUUUGGGAAUUUACCUAUGGUUGCUAAGCCUAUUUAUGGAAUUUUGUCUGAUGCUGUUUAUAUUGGUGGUGCUCAUAGAAUACCUUAUAUUUCACUUGGAGUUUUCCUCCAAGUUUUGGCGUGGGGUCAAUUGACAUUAACCUCAGCUGCUAGUGAAGCGCUUCCUGCUAUUAUGGCAUGUGUUCUUCUUAGCAACGUUGGAGCAUCCAUUACAGAAGUUGCCAAAGAUGCUCUAGUGGCUGAAUAUGGCCAAAGAAACAGAAUGCCCGGUCUACAAUCUUAUGCAUUUAUGGCUUCAGCUGCUGGUGCAAUUUUAGGUAACUUGAUCGGAGGAUAUUUCCUACUCAAAACACAACAACCUAAGUUAAUGUUUCUUGCCUUUUCUGUUCUGCUUGCUUUGCAAUUAGUAGUAACUUCAGCUACCAGAGAAGAGUCACUUGGUUUAGCUCAAUCAUCGAAUUAUUCUGUUGUUAGGGAACCAAUCACGGAAAUAUUUAGAAAACAGUAUUCGGAUCUUAUGGUAGCAGUUCGAGAAGAAAGUAUUGGUCGUCCUCUUAUGUGGAUUGCUAUGUCAAUUUUAGCAGUCCCGGUCCUCUCGGGAUCAAUCUUUUGUUAUCAGACACAAUGCCUAAAUCUUGAUCCAUCAGUUAUUGGGAUGUCAAAGGUGAUAGGUCAAUUGAUGCUUCUUUCUUUGACAGUCCUUUAUGACCGGUUUGGCAAAAGGGUUCCGAUGAGAAAACUAAUUGGUCUUGUGCAAAUUACAUAUGCUGCUUCUCUUCUUCUUGACCUUGUACUCGUUAAGCAGCUUAAUCUCAAAUUGGGAAUUCCAAAUGAAUGGUUUGCUCUCUGCUUCUCGGGUCUAGCGGAAACCAUUGCAAUAUUUAAGCUCUUGCCAUUCCAUGUGCUGUUUGCAAGUUUGGCUCCAUCCGGAAGUGAAGGAUCUCUCAUGUCUUUCUUGGCGUCAGCUCUGUGUUUUUCAUCAGUAUUUAGUGGGUUUCUCGGUGUCGCUUUAGCUACUUGCCUUGGUAUAACGUCUGGUAACUACUCGAGUCUGCAUAUUGGGAUUGUUAUCCAGUUUGUUGCGGCGUUACUGCCACUGGGAUGGCUCAGUUAUGUCCCUAUGGCUCAACCUGCAACUGAAAAGGGAAGGAAGAGAAGGCAAAGUAAAAGGACGAGAAAAUAUAGAAGGGUAGGGAGAGUAGUAGUUGAUUCGUUCUAUUCUUAUAGACGCAAAAGAGAAUCUGAUUUAGAUGAGAAUCCAUUGCUGACUAAAUGAAGAAAUUGUUCAUGUGCUACUCAUGACUGGUCUCUGGUACUUGGUGGAACUCGGUUCCUCUUGCAGCGAUUUUGAUCAAUUGUUUCUCGG